AUCUCUCUUUUUUUGCUUUAACCCUCUUUGUCUCUUAAAAUUUACCCAAAGAUUCUUAAGAACACACAAAGAUGGAAAUGGGGAGAAGCCCACCAGUAGCAGCAAAGAAGCUAUGGAGCAUUGUACGGAUAGUGCUCUUCAUGUUAAAGAAAGGCAAAUACAACGCCGGGAAAGCCAUCAGCAACCUCGUCUUCCACCAGAAAGUGCAAGACCAUCUCUCUUCCUUCAGUUGUCGCUCCAACGACGCUCUCUCCUUCGUCUCGCCGCGAGACUACGAGUUUAGUUGCAGCAACAGCCCGGCUUUUCACCACCACCACCACCACAGGCGCAGACACCACUACAACAAGUCCAACUACCGAUACGACGACGUCACGACCUUUUCUGCGGUGCAAAAGGUUCUCGAGAUGUUGAACAACGAGGCCGCGGCGGAGUCGUCUUUUUCACCGAUGGUUUCGCCGGGGUUUGGACGGAGUCCUUUGGGAAGACAACUGAGAGUGACGGACUCGCCUUUCCCGUUGAAGGAUGACGGAGAUAGUCAAGUGGAUAUGGCGGCGGAGGAGUUCAUAAACAAGUUUUACAAAGAUCUUAAGCUACAGAAAAUAAUGUCUGCCUUUGAAUCGCCUUCUCAUAACAGAUGGGAACGAUGAUGACGAUGACGACGUCUUCCAUAUAUAUAUAUAUAUAUACCUUUGAUCCAUUUGGCAGUUCAUGUGAGAAUUUUUUUCUGACAAAGUCUG